UUCCAUUAGGCUGUAACCUGUCGCCCCGCCUACUCCUUUUCAGUCACCUCUCGCGAGAUAGGCCGAGGUUUCCGGUGUUGUGAAUGUCUCCCAGCCGCGCAUCAUGGCGGUCAGCAUCCGCGCCCGCUCCCUCCGGCACCUCAGGCUAAGAGGUCGGAAUGACAGCGGGGAGGAGAACGUUCCUUUAGACCUCACUAGAGAACCAAGUGAUAAUUUGAGAGAGAUUCUACAGAAUGUGGCCAAACUACAUGGAGUCUCUAACAUGCGAAAGUUGGGCCACCUGAACAAUUUUAUUAAGCUUCUAUGCAAUGUUGGCCAUAAUGAAGAAAAACUAGGUUUUAUGUAUGAAGACAUUAUUAUAUGUUUGCGAUUAGCUUUGUUAAAUGAAGCAAAAGAAGUUCGAGCAGCUGGUCUCAGGGCUCUUCGAUAUCUUAUCAGAGAUUCCAGUAUUUUACAAAAGGUGCUAACUUUGAAAGUUGAUUACUUGAUAGCCAGGUGUAUAGAUAUACAACAGAGUAAUGAAGUUGAGCGGACGCAAGCACUUCGGCUAGUCAGAAAGAUGAUUACUGUGAACGCUUCCUUAUUUCCUAGCUCCUUAACCAAUUCCUUGAUAGCAGUUGGAAAUGAUGGCCUUCAGGAGAGGGACAGAAUGGUCCGAGCUUGCAUUGCCAUAUUGUGUGAACUAGCACUUCAGAACCCAGAAGUGGUGGCUCUCAGAGGUGGACUGAGUACCAUCCUGAAAAAUGUGAUUGACUGCCAGCUGAGUCGGAUAAAUGAGGCUCUCAUCACCACCGUUCUGCACCUUCUCAAUCACCCAGACACUCGGCAGUAUGUGCGCGCUGAUGUAGAGUUAGAGCAAAUUCUAGCACCGUACACAGAUUUUCACUACAGACACAAUCCAGACACUGCUGAAGGACAGCUAAAAGAGGACAGAGAAGCCCGAUUCCAAGCAAGCAAACUGGGAAUUGUCGCAGCAUUCAGUUCAUGGGCAGGUAUCAUUAGCUUGUGCAAGCCUGGCAACUCUGGGAUCCAGUCUCUAAUAGGAGUUCUUUGUAUACCAAACAUGGAGAUACGGAGAGGUCUACUUGAGGUACUUUAUGAUAUUUUUCGCCUCUCUGUCCCAGUUGUGACAAAGGAAUUUACAGAAGCCCUUCUGAGUGUUGAUCCAAGUGGGUUUCAGGAUUCUUGGAGGCUUUCUGACGGGUUUGUUGCAGCAGAGGCUAAAACUAUUCUUCCGCACAGAGCACGCUCAAGACCUGAUCUUAUGGACAACUAUUUAGCGCUGGUAUUAUCUGCUUUUAUCACAAAUGGUCUAUUGGAGGGAUUGGUUGAAGUCAUAACCAGCAGUGAUGAUGAUGUGUCUGUCAGAGCAACAAUCAUCCUUGGGGAACUCUUGCACAUAGCAAACACAAUCCUUCCUCAUUCUCACAGUCAUCACUUGUACUGCUUACCGACGCUAAUGAACCUGGCUGCAUCUUUUGACAUCCCAAAGGAGAAGAGACUACGAGCCAGUGCAGCUUUAAAUUGCUUAAAGCGAUUCCAUGAAAUGAAGAAACGAGGCCCUAAACCGUACAGCUUGUACUUGGAUCACAUUGUCCAGAAAGCAGUCACGGCCCACCAGAAAAAGGAUCAACAUCAACGUCUGCAGAAAGAUAUAUUUAUUCUGAAGGACUCUGAAGAGGCGUUGGUGAUGAACCUGAAAGACUGCCAAGUUCUAAAUCAUAAAGAAAACCUUGAGUGGAAUUGGAAUCUUGUUGGGACCAUAUUGAAGUGGCCAAAUGUGAAUUUAAGGAACUGUAAAGAUGAGCAGCUGCACAGGUUUGUUCGGAGACUACUGUAUUUUUACAAGCCCAGCAGCAAGCUCUAUGCCAAUUUAGAUCUGGACUACAGCAAGGCUAAACAACUGACUGUAGUGGGCUGCCAGUUCACGGAGUUCCUUCUGGAAUCCGAAGAAGAUGGGCAAAAUUACCUUGAAGACCUGGUGAAAGACAUUGUGCUGUGGUUGAGCUCGUCGUCAGGAAUGAAAUCAGAACGAAGCUUGCAGAACAAUGGUCUCCUAAACACUCUCAGCCAGCACUACUUUUUGUUUAUUGGUGCUCUGUCCUGUCAUCCGCAUGGUGUCAAAAUGCUGGAGAAAUGCAAUGUAUUUCAGUGUCUUUUGAAUCUCAGCUCCCUGAAAAACCAAGAGCACCUGUUAAAAUUAGCCAUCUCCUGUCUGGAUUACAGCCGAGACGGACUGGCCAGAGUCAUUCUUUCCAAAACCUUGACUGCGUCUGCUGAUAGCUGCCGACUGUAUGCAACAAAGCACUUGCGAGUCCUUCUGAGAGCCAACGUUGAGUUUUUCAGUAACUGGGGGAUUGAGCUACUGGUGACCCAGCUGCAUGAUAAAAGCAAAAAUAUAUCUUCAGAAGCUCUGGACAUCUUGGAUGAGGCCUGUGAAGACAAGGCCAAUCUCCAUGCGCUGAUCCAAAUGAAACCAGCACUCUCUCAUCUUGGGGACAAGGGGCUGCUCCUUCUGCUUAGAUUCAUGUCGAUUCCAAAGGGAUUUUCUUAUUUAAAUGAAAGAGGUUAUGUAACUAAGCAGCUGGAAAAAUGGCAAAAGGAAUACAAUUCCAAAUACGUAGAUUUGAUUGAAGAGCAGUUAAAUGAAGCUCUCACAACUUACCGCAAGCCUGUUGAUGGCGACAACUAUGUUCGGCGUAGCAGUCAGAGACAGCAGCGUCCUCAUGUUUAUUUACCUGUUCAUUUGUAUGGGCAGCUGGUGUACCAUAAGACUGGUAGUCAUCUCCUGGAAGUUCAGAAUGUUGUCCCAGAUCUGAGCUACACUGUCCGAUCGCCAUCAUUAGACAAAUGGGAUGGAAUCAAGCAGCUAAAAGCAGCUCUCUGGGCACUGGGCAACAUUGGGUCUUCGAACUGGGGACUUAAUUUACUUCAAGAGGAGAAUGUGAUCCCGGAUAUUGUAUCUCUAGCUCUGCAUUGUGACGUUCUCUCUAUAAGAGGGACAUGCGUGUACGUUCUUGGCCUGCUCAGCAGAACAAAGCAAGGUUGUGAUAUCCUAAAGCAGCACAACUGGGAUGCAGUACGGCACAGUCGCAGGCAUCUUUGGCCAGUGGUCCCUGAUGAUAUGGAGCAGCUUUGCAAUGAGCUUUCUUCAAUACCAAGCACACUUAGCUUGAAUUCUGAGUCGACCAGUUCUCGACAUAAUAGUGAGAGUGAACCCGCUCUUCCCAGUAUGUUCAUCAUCGAGGAUGAGCGCUUUGCAAAUUCAUCCACGAACUCAUUUUUUUUCAACGAGGAGCCCGAGCAAACAUUCUACGAUAAACCCUUGAAGGACAAAGACCGCAGUCCGUUCACUCUCCUCGCUCAGAGUAAGUUUGUGAAGAACCGCUUUUUAAAUUCGUUGACCCUUCCGAGUAAGAAACUUCGGAGCAGCAGCAGCAGUAGUGACCCUAAAGGAAACAAGAUUCUUACAGAAAGCAAACAGGGCUUGAGAAGGAACAGAACCAUCACAGACCCUUGCAGUGUUUCAGACUAUAACUCCAUGGACAGCUUAGGCUCCGUCUUCAAAGUUCACAAAGUAAACCCCCGACUAGAGAUAUCGUCUGUCAACAGAAAUGCUGAUGACAUUGGCAGUACCCCCAGUAUUACAGAAAAUGAUCUAAAGCUUCCAAAAUAUUUGGGGAAUGACAUUCAUAGAGACCAUACAAGCAGAGAAAGACUAAUAGGCGAUGGUUCGACCAACACUCACUUUAAGAGCCGCAGCCUAAGUUUCAAUACAGACACCACGACAAGUGGUAUAAGCUCCAUGAGCUCAAGCCCUUCUAGGGAGACUGUGGGAAUUGACACUACAACCCUCGAUACUGAGUGUGGCAGUUUAAGUACAGUAGUAAGCACCAAAACUGUCAAGCCAAGCCACCCGACCAUACUGCAUCUGCCUCUUUCAAAAUCCAACUCUGUAUCUCUGGUACCUCCCGGCUCUGCCCAUACACUUCCCAGGAGAGCACAAUCCCUCAAGGCACCUUCAAUGGCCGCCGUAAAGAAUUUAGCAGACUAUAACUUUAGUUACGCAAGUUCUCGGGACGCUUUUGGUUACGCCACAUUAAAGCGGAUUCGGCAGCAGCGCAUGCAUUCUUCACUGUCGCACUCUGAAGCCUUCGCUUCUCCGGCCAAAGAUGUUCUUUUCACCGAUACAAUAACUAUGAAGACGGGGAGCUUGGACUCUAGACUGACAUCGAGCAGGUUUAUGAAAGCUUUAAGCUAUGCUUCGUUAGACAAGGAGGACUUAUUAAGCCCCAUUAACCAGAAUACACUUCAGCGAUCUUCAUCGGUACGCUCCAUGAUAUCGAACGCCGCUUACGGGAGUUCAGAUGAUUAUAUAGGCCUUGCUCUGCCUGUGGAUAUAAACGACAUGUUUCAGCUGAAGGAAACUCCUUAUUUCCAGAAGACGGUGCCUCCCAGUGAAGAGCGAGCAGCUAAAAUGUUUGCAGCUGAAGUAGGAGGUAUUCAAGGAUCUGGAGUGAGAAGUCCAUACCAGGCCUUGAGGCAGCAGUUCAGCAUUACGGAAAUAAUGAACUCAAGUCGUUCAGACGCCUCCCAGUUUCUAGAGAACACAGAGGACACGGGGCUGCAGGAGCACACAGAUGAUAACUGCCUUUACUGUGUUGGCAUUCAGUUAAUGGGUUACAACCAGUCUAAUCAGUUAAAUGAAUAUAAUCAUUUAGACUUUCCCGACAUUCCACAUUCUGACUGGUGCGCCCAUACUAUGCCCAAUCACUUAGAGGUGGUUUCCCAUUCUUCCAAGUAUUCUGGGAUAUCAGGGUGUAGUGAUGCUGUGUCCCAGGGCUCGGCAAGCGGUGACAAAAGUACAGAGUUAGUUCUAGGUGGUAAGUCAAUUCCUGAAGAUACCCCUGUAUGCAGAAUACUGCUACGGAAAGAGGUCGUAAGACUUGUAAUUAACCUGAGCAGCUCAGUAGGAACAAAAGGCCAUGAAACUGGGCUCUUAACGAUUAAGGAGAAGUUUCCGCAAGCAUUUGAUGACAUUUGCCUUUAUUCUGAGGUCUCCCACUUAUUAGCCCAUUGCACAUUUCGGCUCCCUUCCCGGAGAUUUAUUCAGGAGCUCUUUCAAGAUGUUCAGUUUCAGAUUAUGCAUGAAGAGGCAGAGGCUCUCCUAGCAGUCCCACCAAAGCCCAUGGUAAUAAGUACAGAACCAGAAUCCUGACCUUCAGUCCACUCGGAAGACUGAAAAUGACUUUGUCUGAUGAAGCAGACGGAGGAGCGCGUCCUGUUAUCCUGGUACCUGCCGGGGGAAGGAGGAGCCUGAACAUAGACACAACCUUGCUUCUCCAGUAUACAGUAUAUAUCUAUAUCUAUGUAUGCAAGAGCCAAGCACUGAAACGCCUGCACCCGUUCACCUGUAAAUAACCAUGCAAAAAACCUCUUGGACAGGAAAUUCUGACUCCUUCGCUGUUUUCUGUGAUCAGCGUGAUGCCUUCUCUACGGACAGAUGGGAACUUCCCUGCAUGUCCCUUCCAGUCAGCGGACACUUGCCAUGUUGUAUAGGGGCAGCUCAGGGACAAAGACCCUGUCAUGUAUUUACAAAACACUACUUGGAAAUAAUGUAUUUGGUCUUGUUUUUAUAGCACGUCGAAUGCACCUGCAGCCUCCUUCCCUUUGCCUAUAAUAACCAUUGCCACUGCAUUUCUAGACUCCCAGCCAUAUAUAUCUCACAUGUAUAUAUAUAUGUGUGUGUGCGUGAAACCUAUUAUUUUAUUGCUGUUGCGCAUUGUGUGCUCUUGUUUGAAUCCCACUCUGAUCCCUCUCCUGUUCAACUAAUAGAGUUCUUCUAAAGUUGGCCAUACACGGGCCGAUAAAAGCUGCCAACAGACCCAGGUGUAGGGCCCUCCAACUGACUUCCCCGAUCAAUAUCUGUAGGACAGGAGUAAAAAUCCCAUCAUAUCACAGACUGCAUCCAUACAUUACGAUCUGAUCGUUGGGCCCUUGGUCCCACGAUUGAAUCAGCCUGAUAUUGCCCACCUCAAGGUGGACGUAUCGGGGAAGAUCCCAAACGAGUGGAUCUCUGUGUAUGGCCACCUUUACUCUUCCCAUGCAUCAUUUAGGCCAUCUUCUGGCCAAACUGGAAGCUUGCAACAGCCAUGAUACAUUUCAGUUCUAAAGUUGGCCAUACAUGGACCAAUAAAAGCUGCAACUUAUUGGCCCAUGAGUAGGGCCCUCCGACGGGCUUCCCAGAUAAAUAUUUGGUCGAGAGUCGGACAGGAGAGUCAGAUCGCAGACCGCAUCCAUACAUUAAGAUCUGAUCUUUGGGCCCUAGGGCCCACGAUCGAAUCAGCCUGACGGGCGAUAUCGGGGAAAGAUCCCAAACGAGUGGAUCUAUAUGUGUAAGGCCACCUUCACUCUUCUCAUGCAUCAUUUAGGCAAUGUCUAAUACAGCUCCAUCUUCUGGCCAAACUGGAAGCUUGCAACAGCCAUAAUACAUUUCAGUUCUAAAGGCGGCCAUCCACUGUUAGAACCGCUCAUUUGGUAAGGUCGCCAAACGAGCGGAUCUUAACCCGAUAUGACCACUAACGGCAGGACGAUAUUGGGUUAAUCAGAACAUUUGGCCUUAGAGCAAAACGAUCAGAUUACAACGAAGCACAUGGACACCGAUGGGUCGUAGAACCGCAUCAACUAGACGAUGUGGUCCUCGAUCGAAGGAAAUACUCAAACCUCCCAGAUCGAUAUCAGGCUGAUUUUUGACCUGAUUUCGAUCAGGGAGACCCGUCUAAAGGACCGAUAUCGGCAGCUUUAAUCUGCCCGUGUAUGUCCACCUUAAGGCAUGGGUCUCAUGGCAAUCAAGCUAGAUGGUCAUCUUGCACAUUCCACGAUAAAAGACAAUCUCAACAUUUAAUAAUGAGACUAAUUAAUACAAUUUAAGAUUGCUAUGAGCAUACAGAGCAACCCAAAGCCACCCCCUUCCCAUUAAAGCAAGUAUUUUUUUUUUUUAGUUUUU